UGUGUGUGUGUGUGUAUAUGUAAUGCCUCACUGAUUAAACGGUAUCUGUCGCGGAUGGAAGGAAAGAAGCGCUCACAAGGUGAAAAUGCGCACUUUUAUAAAGAAAAUAGAUUAAUUUUGAGUGUGUAGACGGUGUAUUUGUUUUCUACGAGAACCACUUUUCUUUCAAAUAAGAAGAAGAAGAAGGGAAAACCCCCCCAAAAACCCAGCCAGAAUGUGGGAGCAGGAGGAGUUUGAAAAGCACUGGAGGAAUGAAUUUCCCGACGGAGAGGUUCCCAGGAUGAACCUUUGCUCCGUGGAGGACAUCGAGAACGAGUUGGAGACAUGCAAAGCGCGCCUGAAGAGCCUGCAGCAUGAGCUGGCGAUGGAGAAGUUCAAGGUGAUCUACCUGCAGACCACCAUCGCGCAGAAGAGGAAAGGUUACAGGUGGGGGAACAAGGAGGAUCCGCACGACGCGGACGCCGCUGCCUCUACCAAACCCGAUAAGACGGACCAGGAAAGCGUGCGAGCUCCACCGGGGAUCAGGCUGCACGCUCUGGGGCGCAGCAGCGUGGACGAGCCGAGCGGCAUGCUGGUCAGAGGGAGCAAGACUGGUAAACCUAUCCUGGUUCCCCCGCGGAAAAAGUACGCUUUGGUGAAGGAGAACGCUCCUGGUUCUGGUUCUGGUUCGUCACAUCUCCAUGAAUGUGACCGAAAGAGACGGGACUCGGAGCGCGACAGCGACAGAGAUUACGACGACGUGGAGCUCAAUGAGAACUUCGUGCGGAAGAACCUGAUCGACCCCAAGGCGACGGAGAUCCGCAACUCUUCGCUCAGACCCUUUCGGUUUAGUAAGGAUUUUGAUUCCGGGGACGACGGGAGAUUAUCGCCGUCUGUGCCGCUCCGAGGGAGUUACGGUUCGGGUCGGAGCACCCCGGACCGCCGCAGUGACGGAUACCUCAGCUCCGAGCACGAGGACUCUUCUUCAGUAGAUUUCAACUACAACACAGACGGCUAUGAGGGAGACGGGGCGGAGGACAGGAAGUCGCAGGAUGGCUCAGAGACCAUGCCCUUCAUCGACGAGUCUCCCACGAUGUCCCCGCAGCUGUGCGUCCGGCCUGACGGAGACGCCGUGUCCCCUACACCACCUGAGAGCCUACUUCCUGGGGGUCACCCAGAGAAAGGGCUGGAGAUGAAGAAGCUGGUUCUUUCCGGCUUUCUGGCCAGUGAGGAGAUCUACAUCAACCAGCUCGACGCCUUGCUGCUGCCUAUGCGUCCUUUGAAGGCCACGGCCACCACGUCCAAGCCUGUGCUAACAAUGGAGCAGAUCGAAACCAUCUUUUACAAGAUCCAAGACAUCUACGAGAUCCAUAAGGAGUUUUACGAUGCCCUUUUCUCCAACAUUCAGCAGUGGGAUGAUAUGGUCACAGUCGGACACCUCUUCCAGAAGCUGGCCAGCAAGCUCGGCGUCUACAAAGCUUUCUUGGACAACUACAAAAUGGCCAUCGAGACGGUGGAGAAAUGCAGCCAGUCCAACUCACAGUUCCAGAAGAUCUCAGAGAACGUCAAAGUCAAGGGACCGAAGGACUCUAAAGACUGCACCAACAUCGUCAGCAUGGAGGCACUCCUGUAUAAACCCAUCGACCGUGUGACACGCAGCACCCUUGUCCUUCACGAUCUGCUGAAACACACUCCUAAAGAGCACCCGGACUUCGCUCUGCUGCAGGACGCGCUCCGAAUCUCCCAGAACUUCCUGUCCAGUAUCAAUGAGGAGAUCGACCCACGCCGGACCGCCGUCACUACCCCCAAGGGAGAGGUUCGUCAGCUGGUGAAGGACGGUUUCCUGGUGGAGGUGUCUGAAGGCACAAGGAAACUCCGCCAUGUCUUUCUAUUCACUGACUUGCUGCUGUGCGCCAAGAUGAAGAAGACUGCAGUGGGGAGGCAUCAGCAGUACGAGUGUAAAUGGUACAUCCCGCUGGCUGAUCUCACCUUCCAGACGCUGGAUGACUCGGACUCCUGUACGCACGUGCAGACGCUUCCCGAGCACGAGAUCGAGGAGAUGAAGAUCAAGAUCUCGGUGAUCAAGAGUGAGAUCCAGAAAGAGAAGAAAGCUCAGAAAGGCCAGAGCCGCAACGUGGACCGCUUGUGGAAGAAGAUGAAUGAGCAGGAGUCGUGUCUGCUGCUACACUCUCCCACAAUCCCAUUCCGCAUUCACAACAAAAACGGCAAGAGCUACUUGUUCCUGCUUUCCUCAGACUAUGAGAGGUCAGAAUGGAGAGAGAGCAUUCAGAAGCUCCAGAAGAAAGACCUCCAGUCAUGUGUGUUGAGCUCCUUGGAGCUCCAGGUCCUCACCAGCUCCUGCUUCAAGCUGCGCACCGUCCAUAACAUCCCUGUCACAACUAAUAAAGAUGACGAGGAAUCUUCCGGCCUGUACGGCUUCCUGCACGUCAUCGUCCAUUCUGCCACCGGCUUCAAAGAGUCAGCCAAUCUCUACUGCACGCUGGAAGUGGAUUCCUUCGGUUACUUCGUAAGCAAAGCCAAGACCCGUGUUUUCCGCGACACCACCGAGCCCAACUGGAACGAGGAGUUCGAAAUCGAGCUGGAGGGCUCGCAGUGCCUGCGCAUCCUGUGCUACGAGAAGUGCUACGACAAGUCCAAGCUCAACAAGGACGACAACGAGAUCGUAGACAAGAUCAUGGGCAAGGGGCAAGUGCAGUUGGACCCACAGACUGUGCAGUCGAAGAACUGGCACGUGGACGUGAUCGAGAUGAACGGGAUCAAAGUCGAGUUCUCGAUGAAGUUCACGAGUCGGGACUUGAGUUUAAAGAGGACGCCUUCGAAGAAGCAGAGCGGCGUGUUUGGAGUCAAGAUCAGCGUCGUGACGAAACGCGAGCGCUCCAAGGUGCCUUACAUCGUGCGUCAGUGUAUCGAAGAGGUGGAGAAGAGAGGGAUCGACGAGGUCGGGAUCUACCGCAUCUCCGGCGUGGCCACGGAUAUUCAGGCGCUCAAGGCGGCGUUCGAUUCCAACACCAAAGACAUCCUGAUGAUGUUGAGCGACAUGGACAUCAACGCCAUCGCCGGCACGCUGAAGCUCUACUUCCGAGAACUGCCCGAGCCUCUGCUCACUGACCGCCUCUACCCGGCCUUCAUGGAGGGCAUCGCUCUGUCUGAUCCUGCAGCCAAGGAGAACUGCAUGAUGCACCUGCUGCGCUCUCUGCCCGACCCCAACCUCAUCACCUUUCUCACCUUACUGGAGCACCUGAAGAGGGUGGCUGAGAAGGAACCGGUGAAUAAAAUGUCGCUGCACAACCUGGGCACCGUGUUCGGCCCUACGCUGCUGAGACCGUCCGAAUCGGAAAGCAACAAACCCCACAUCACACUGGCCUCCGAUAUCUGGUCCCAUGACGUCAUGGCACAGGUCCAGGUGUUGCUCUACUACCUACAGCAUCCUCCCAUCUCCUUCGCCGAGCUGAAGAGGAACACGCUGUAUUUCUCCACGGACGUUUAAUCCCACUUCCAUCCAUUCAACACCAUCGUCGACUUCCCUUCACAGAAUUCCACUCGCACAGGGGACACCGGACGGAGACGGCUGCCUACUUCCUGUCCUCGUCUCGCGCCGUUCUGAACGCGUGUGUGUGUGUGUGUGUGUGUGUGUGUGUGUGUGUGUGUGUGUGCGUGCGUGCGUGUGCAGAGAGUGCGGCGAACACCGAAACACCCCACCCCCCCCCACCCCCCCAACCUGCCCGGACAGAGAGCUGGAGAAUGGAGAAGAACUACGACUUCGCACUCAUGUCUUUGUGGCUAAAGGCAUGUGAGGCAUGAUGGGAAGUGAUUAAUUGCCACCCCAGUUCAGUGACGCCGGUGCAAGAGAUGUGUUCGUGCUUCCUGCUUUUUUUUGUUUUGUUUGUUCGUUUCUGUCGGUGUUUAUUCCGAGGCAUUACAGAGAACAUUCCUGCAUCCCACCACAUCUGCAUUUCCUGCAUAUAUAAUUUGUUUAGCAGCUCUUCUAAGUUUCCAUUUUGGCUUUUGCACAUGUCUGGGGAAAAAAAAACCGUGAGUGUGUGAGUGCUUGCGUUUUCCUCCAAGCUGAGGCUUCGAUAGGAGCUCUGUACUUGGCUGGUCAAAUUUUAUUCUCUUUAGAAAAGAAGACAUUUCCUGACCAUUCCGAGGCCAAAAUCCUUAUUUAUUAUAAAUCUAGUCUAUACGUGUGCCUGUACAGUCCAUUACAUCUUCAUGACUUUAGUUUGAAGGGUUUUUUUAUUUUAGUGACUUUAUUUUUUAGCCGAAAUUGUUCUUGUUCACGGUCAGUGCUGACUGAGCUGUACUGUAUAAAAAAAAAAAACCAAAAAAAAUUCAAAAACAGAAAAGUAAAAGAAACUUUGACCGUUAAAUCGACCCGGUUUUUUAGAAUUCGUUUCAACCGUAGGGAAUAAAUCACUCCAAGCGAUCUCUUCGCCAUGUGAUCAUUUCUGAUACACGGUGCGAUGUAUCGGAUGACGUGUGCAUCGAGGUGUCUUUUGCAUGGAUGGAUGAAAAGGCAAAUUUCUAUGUUGCUUUUAUUUAUCUUUUGUUCUUUUAAAACCUGAUUUAGUUUGGGGGGGAAAAAACAAAACAAAACAAACAAAAAAAAAAAGCGAAGCCAGUGACGUUCUCCUAAUAAGCACUGUUAGAUAUCGGAUUAUUCCUUGAUGAUAUUUUUUAAUAUUGUAUUUUACUUUUGCUGUAAAGAUAUUCCGUAUAGUGCAUUUCCGAACAGGAUAAUUGUUGAUGUGAACUUUUUUUUUUUCUUUUUUUCUUCUGUUUUUAGUAAAACUAAAUAAAAGUGUACAGGAAACCCA